AUGGCAAAAAUUAUUUCUACAUUAGAAGGAAUGACUAACAAACAUGCACCCAUUGAAAGAGCAUCACGAUCUAAACGAAAACUAUUAAGAAAACCUUGGAUUUCUAAAGGAAUAUUUCAAUCGGUUAAAGAAAAGCAGCGUUUGUUUAAAACUCAUUUUUUUUCUGGCGACCCCCUUAAAAUUAUAUAUUAUAAAGCUUACAAUAAUAAACUUACUAAAAUCAAGGACUUAGCCAAGCAGAAAUACUUUAAGGAACAGUUUGAAAUUAACAAAGACAAUAUGAAAACAACAUGGAAAAUGUUUGACUUAUUAAUAAAUAGAAAGAGAAAAAAAUCCCCUACAAUAAGUAAGAUAGUCUAUAACAACAAAUGUUAUACAUCUAAAUUGAGCAUAUGUAAUCAGCUCAAUACAUAUUUUGUUAAUGUAGGCCCAACUUUAUCAGCGCAACUACCAAAUCAUAUUAACUCUAAUCCUACAAGAUAUGUUACCAGAAAUUUUCCAAACAGUUUUAUGUUUAGGUAUAUUCACUCGCAUGAAGUGCGUGACUUAAUUACGAACCUAACAACUGAUAAGUCAUGUAUAGGAGUCCCUGAAAAGUGCUUUAAGGUGGCCAGAGAUCACACCUAUGAGGCAAUGACUAAAGUCUAUAAUCUUUCCAUAGAGCAAGGUAUUGUGACUGACAUUCUCAAAAUUUCCAAAGUAACUCCAGUGGACAAAGGUGGUGAUAUCACUGACCCGACUAACUUUCGCCCUAUCUCAGUACUUUCUAUAUUUGCACAGAUUUUUGAAAAACUGGUAUGUAAACAGUUAACAAGCUAUGUUGAAAAGUAUGCCAUUUUAAGUCAAUACCAGUUCGGCUUCAGGAAGGGCAGAUCGACUGAACAAGCCAUUCUAGAAAUCACUGACAAUUUGAAACAAGCAAUAGAUAAUAACUUACUCACAUGCGGAGUCUUUCUCGACUUCGCUAAGGCCUUUGAUACUGUCAACCAUGCUAUACUGUUAAAUAAAUUAGAGAAAUACGGUGUUCGGGGAAUCCCAUUGAGUUGGUUCACUAGUUAUCUUACCAAUAGACAGCAAUAUGUUAGCAUUGACGGUGUGGAAUCUUCUAAACAAACUAUUAAAUGUGGUAUCCCGCAAGGCAGUUCUCUUGGUCCCCUCCUUUUUCUACUAUACAUUAAUGAUAUCCCUAACUGCUCCAAUAAAUUGUCCUUUAGAAUAUUUGCAGAUGAUACCAAUAUUUUUCUGUCUUCCUCAAAUGCCGUGGAAUUACAAAACUUAAUUAACCAUGAAUUAUCCAAAGUUAAAGAAUGGUAUGACUUAAACAAGCUAUCCAUCAACUUAGAGAAAACUAAUUAUAUGAUAAUUAAAUCACCUGAAAAGAAGACAAAUAUAACAUGGGAUGUAAAAUUAACUAACAAUGAUGGCUCCACCUACGGCUUAGAAAAGAGAACUUACAUAAAAUAUUUGGGCGUAUUUAUAGAUGACACGCUAUCAUGGAAACAUCAGGUGUCUUAUUUAUGUACUCGAAUUUCUAGAAACACAGGAAUUAUUGGCAAACUCAGACACUGCACCUCCCUUUUACAACUUAAACAACUAUACUAUAACCUGAUAUAUCCCUAUAUAUCUUAUGUGAUAACCUCCUGGGGCAGUGCAUUUACUACUCAAAUUAAAAAAAUCCAAACAAAACAAAAUCAUGUUAUCCGCGUUAUGUUCUUUGCCACCUUGUUUGGACCAGAUACAGACAGUGCAUUACCAUUACUUAAUUUAUUGGAUUUACUUACUGUUACAAAUAUCUAUAAACUACAGCUUCUUAACUUCACUCAUCAGUGGCAUUCUAAAAAAUUACCAAAUAUCUUUAAUCAGCAUUUUCGCUAUGCAAGUGAAGUCCAUACAUAUAAUACGAGAUAUGCUUCAAAAAGUAACUUCUACAAACCACGUUCCAGGACCAAUAUAGGAAAGCAAACAACAGCGGCUAUGGCGACCGAAUUGUGGCAACAGCUCCCUACCCAUAUAAAAGACCUUUCAACUUAUAACUUUCCUAAAACAUUAAAAGAAUACUUGUUGGCCGAACAAUUAACUCACUGA